CAGCUGUCAGUCAACAGUCAAUGAAAACAAAGCCUCCGCGUCUUGAAUCGCGCUGUUUCAAUCGUUUUUUAAAAUAAACUCGGCAAAGUUUAUUUUGUUCAAGUUGUGAUUCUCCUGUUUCUACGUUAAAUCUUAAUAGCCAUGGCCGAAGACGAACAGAUUCCGAUUAUUCCCGUAAAAGAACCAUUGGAUUUGAUCCGACUGAGUUUAGACGAGAAGAUUUAUGUUAAAAUGAGAAACGAACGCGAGCUUAGGGGUCGGUUGCACGCUUUUGAUCAACAUUUGAAUAUGGUCCUCGGUGACGCGGAGGAAACGGUAACUACCGUGGAAAUCGACGAAGAAACAUACGAAGAGGUUUACAAAACAACGAAGCGAACCAUUCCAAUGCUAUUCGUUCGAGGGGAUGGUGUCAUUCUGGUUUCCCCACCAAUGCGCGUGGGUAGUUAAGCUUUAGCAGGAACUUCGGAUCUAAGCAUUUAAGAUUGUACAUCCUAAUAAACCUUUCGCAACUGAUUGCAUAUUAUUCGAAA